GCAAGACUGAGGCUUUUCUGCAACGUUUAUGGCUCACUGUGAUGUCCGAUGCUCCCAACAGCCUUGACGGCCCUCCUCGCCAUCCUUGAUUUUUUCCUUGACCAUGGCCAGCGGCCGCAAAGUUCUCAUUUUCAGAAGUCCCUGCGAUUUGAACUGCGACACGAACAUGCUGUCUCUCACGAUGCACGUGUGGUGUUCUCCGACGUGCCAUCGACCGUGCCAGUGAGCCUUGUCUACGGCAAUGAAUCAACCUACUCGUUAGAUGCACAAUAUGUGACUUCAUAUCGUCCAUCAAGUUUUAGUGCCUACAACGAUGCGAGGAUACGUUCCAUGCGGCACGCACAAAGUGCGAAUUUGCCCUGGCACGAAACCGAAAUAUUGGGACCAAAUGUCGAGAAACGCGAAACACUGUUGGAACUCGCAAAAAUGACAAACAAUGCCUAUAUAACCCCCGACGAUAGCCAGUGGUACGAACUUGGCGAGAAAUGGUCUACUCGUUAUCCAUUUGGAUGGGAACCAGAUGAUGAUGGGUUCCGAGGUUAUGUGUUUGCGACGCCCGACAAUUCCACUGUCAUUCUAUCCAUCAAAGGCACUUCCGCGGCCAUAUGGGGAGGCGCAGGUCCGACUGACAAGAAGGAUAAAUUGAACGAUAACCUACUGUUUAGUUGUUGUUGUGCCAGAAUUGAUUGGAGUUGGACAACCGUGUGUGGGUGCUAUCGUGGAGGGUGGAAAUGCGACCAAGAUUGCCUAGAGGAGGCUCUGGUAGAAGAUAGUUUAUUUUACCCCAUUGGAACGAACUUGUAUAAUAACUUAACAUAUAUGUACCCGACGUCGGAUAUCUGGAUCAUAGGGCACUCGCUAGGUGGUACGGUGGCUUCCCUUCUUGGAGUCACGUUUGGUACCCCUGUUGUUGCCUUUGAGUCACCGGGGGAGCGACUGGCUGCAAGGCGGUUGCAUCUGCCAUCGCCGCCAUCAACCCAUCAUGUCACGCAUGUAUAUCACACUGCAGAUCCCAUUGCGAUGGGAACCUGCAAUGGAAUUUUGUCUUCUUGCGCCUUAGGCGGGUUCGCAAUGGAAACUAGGUGUCAUCAAGGCAAAACUAUUGUCUACGACACUGUAUCGAACCUUUCUUGGUCUGUAGACAUACGCAAACAUGGGAUCAUCAAUGUUAUAGAAGAAAUACUGGGGAAACCCUGGCAGCCCAGCGAAGAUGUUGGUCGGGAGGUUCCACCCGCUACAGCUGAAGAAGAUUGUGUGGAAUGUUAUAGCUGGGAGUUUGGCAAUUUCCCCCCGUAGAUGCCGUAGCAGUCGUGGACCAGAACAUACCCUGCUUUGUCAUACAUACCAGAAAAUUAUCACACAACUUGACAAACUUGGGAUGGGUCACUGUAAUCCGUAAGCAGAAAGCGCUCUGGAGGAGGAAUGUGGCGCACUUAGAUUAUGUGUGGAGCUGUGUGCUUUGAGGUACUCUGUUUUAGGAAUAGGUGAUUCAUCUG